UGAUUUGUCCCUGGCUGCACGUCGAAGUCUCCAGGUGAAUGGUGGUACUAUUUACAGAGGGCCGGCCAAAUCCUAUCUCGGACGCAUACGGCGCUAUAUUAGGCAAAAGAGAGAUAAAAUGUCUCAUGAUGACGGUAUACGCCUCCAACUUUCAAGUGGAUUGUUUUCCGCUACCACCAUGGACAAGAAACCACCCCUGAGCUUUUUUUCUAACCCUGCAAUAGUGAGUACGUACUACAUUUCACUCCUCAUCACGCUUUUUGAGCUACUUUACGUCCAGGACCACGCCUGUGCAGGCAUCGGGGCUGGUGUUGUUGCCGUCCUCUGCAUGCAUCCGCUCGACCUCCUCAAGAUCAAGUUUCAGAUCGCAACUGACCGGCCAAAGGGUGGACUAGGUAGUCAGAUUUGGCUCGCCUUGAGGGGAAUAAAGGAGACGCAAGGAUGGAGAGGACUUUACCGAGGCGUAGGGCCCAACAUCGCCGGCAAUGCCUCGAGUUGGGGACUGUACUUCUGGUUUUAUAACAUGCUCAAACAGCAUGCCUCCGGCGGAGAUCCAUCCUACCAGUUGUCAGCAGGGUCAUAUCUUCUGUGUUCCGCUGAAGCAAGUGCCGUUACCGCCAUAAUGACCAAUCCCAUAUGGGUGGUAAAAGUCCGCGUGUUCACAACGCGUUCAGAUGAUCCAGCCGCAUACCGGAAUCUUUGGCAUGGCUUUAAAUCCAUUUAUCGAGAUGAAGGCGCAAGGGGCCUGUACCGAGGAACCACCCUGGCGUUGGUCGGCGUCAGCAAUGGUGCUCUCCAGUUCAUGGGAUAUGAGAAGAUGAAGGCUUGGGGAUUCGCUCAAAAACGCAAAAGCUUUGCUACACAGGGCAAGGAAUUUCGAGCAGAGGACGACAAACUCUCGAAUACAUCUUACACGAUCAUGUCUGGUGCUAGCAAGCUAUUCGCUCUCGGAGCUACAUACCCAUACCAGGUAGUCAGGUCUCGAAUACAAAAUAACGCUACGACACAUUUGUACCCUACUAUCCCAGCGACAAUAAAACGGACAUGGAAGGGAGAGGGCGUCCGUGGCUUCUAUCGUGGACUUGCCACCAAUCUGGUCCGCGUUCUUCCCGGUACCUGUGUGACUUUCGUCGUCUACGAAAAUAUUGCAUGGUUAUUUCGGACCGCGGCCGCUCGUCGGGACAGAUUACGGGCAGAGAAGGUGGGCAGCUGACGGACACGACAGCAUAUGCCAGCGUUUCAGAUUCCUAGUACAUUAUACGACUUUUGAAUUAAUCUGUGUUAGACACCGCAUCCUACAGCCGCACAUCUCAUAGGAAAUUGUUUCACUUGAUUCCUAAAGCUACUUUAUUGGCAUCGGUAAUAUCUUCGUCUUCAUUAUCCUGUUGGCUUUGGGCUUGGGCACGGGAGCAUUAACGUUUUCAGUUAUGUAGAACCUGCGUAGAACCAUAAUGGCGUCUUCUCUGCCGUAUCCGCCCACUGCCUUGUAUGUUGGGAGUUUUGGAUGAGGGACCGCUUCAUUCACGCCUAGCACACUCCCACAUCCGCCGAAGCGGUCAUUGCCACAGCCGUAAUAGACCUCUUUAAUUCCUAGUUGCCUGAGGGCGGAGGCACACAUGAUGCAAGGCUCCACUGUCACAUACAGGGUAGUCUCCGAGAGCGGAUACUCAGUUAUCUCCGGCGUAAGCGUUUUGUCCGCAAGAAUCUCGUCUAUAACCUCCAGUUCUGCGUGGCGCGUCGCGUUUCGAAGUUCAUUGGUCCGGUUUCGUGCGCCAGCGAUUACGCUGCCGCCGCGCACAAAGACGCAGCCUACCGGGACUUCGCCCGCAGCCAGAGCUCCCUCUGCCAUUUCUUGAGCUUUGC